AUGUCCGCUACCAACGGUGCGGCCGCCGACUAUCGUAGUCACAGUCACAUACGAUCGGGCAGUCUCAACAUCAACCCAAACCCCGCCGGGCCUGGUGCUGCCCCGACCAUGAUUGCGUCUCCCAUGCCUGGCGGCCAACUGCCAGCAGCACACCGAUUUGAUCAUUCGCGUAGUCCGCCCAACACAUCACAUGUUCCGUGCAAGUUCUUCCGCCAGGGCGCUUGCCAGGCCGGCUCCGCCUGUCCCUUCAGCCACGACCUCAGUGCCGCGGCCGAGACGGUGUGCAAAUAUUUUGCCAAGGGUAACUGCAAAUUCGGUCCCAAGUGUGCCAACAUCCACGUGUUGCCCGACGGCCGCCGUGUCAACUAUGGCAAAGGCGGUGUUACGAUCGGUGCCCCACCCGUCGCUUUGGGUGCCCGCGUGAACCCAAACACUUACCACCAACCAUCCAACAGCGCCCUUACCAACUCGUUCCUCCGCGCCGACGCCGUUCCCCCGUACUCCGCCUCCGCUUACGGCCAUCACGAUGAACAAUAUGUCCCUCAGCCUGGCCAGAACGGCGGAGGCAAUGGAAUCCCGACCAUCGAUACCACUUAUACCUCCAACCCCACUACCGCAUUUGGCUCUCCCCGGGAUGAGGAUCUUGCCGCUCGCUUCGGUCUUGGCGUUUCUCCCGUCCCCAAGGGCCUGUCGGUCCUAGACGCACCCCUCCCCGCCUCCUUCGACAGCAAUGGCAUCUCCCACGCCGCCCGCUACGGCCCCUGGCCCUCCUCGGUUCCCGAAAAGUUCGGUCUGGAGUCCAGCUCCCUCGGCAUGAGUGUGACCCAGGACGUCAACACCUCGCACACCCUCCGUGCGCUCCGUAAUUCCGCUUUCGGUGGAAAUGACAACAUCUCCCAGUCCCUCUUUAGCGGCGAUGGAUUCGCCAAUAGCCCGCCCACUCAUUCCUCGGCGGCCUUCUAUGGUUCCAGCCUUGGCGGUGAAGACUUCGGUUUUGGCAGAAGGCCGAUGCACAGCAGUUCGACCCGGUUUGCAAAGCCCAGGCUGAUGAGCCAGAGCGUCCCCCAUGAUCGGGAUUGGGACUCUGAUUUGAUCUUUGACAACGAGGAAGAUUACGUGCCGGCAGAGUUGGCUAAUGAGUUGCUGACCCCGGCCGAACGCGCGAGAAGGGGAUCUAGCACCGCUACCGUUCGUGGCUUCGACGCCCCGCUGGACUCUACCGGACUCGACGCGACCAAGUUCGGUAGCCCGAUUUCUCAAAGCCCGAGCAGAUGGGGACCGCUUUUCCAGCGCCAAAAGGAGGAAGAGGAGAGAGAAAAGUUGGAGUCCAACGGAGGUAGCGGCAGUCUCAGCUUUAUGCCCAUCGCUGGCCGCAGUAUCAAGCACCCGCCCUCGGCUUUUGGACACGUUGGCAGCCCGCUGCGUAACUCGAGCGUAGCCAGUGCUUUUGUAUCUGAGGACUCCAACCGCCAAGGAAGCCUCACCGGCGAGUCGUUGUCUGCGCUCACUCAGCAAUUCCAGCGUAGCAAAAUCGGCGAGGACGUAUCCGUCACCUCCUCUAGUCCCCGCGGUCUUCACCCCAACUUGGGCCGCAAUGGAGCCUCCGGAGCCGGUGUCAUUGGAAAGGAAAGGGGAGAUAGCUUGCAGAGGCACAUUAGCUCCAACUCCAUGAGCUCGACAAGCGGGAGGUUUACCACACCGAUCAUCAAUGAGGAUAAUGAGGAAGGUGAGGAGGAGGAACAGAGCGAGUUUGUCUUCAGCAUGGAGGAGGAGGAGGACACCACCCAUGCGGGGCAGAACCAGAAGCGUAACGGUAGCCCGCUGGGAAACGGGGGCUCGCUGGGUAACGGCGGGUCAUCUUCGUCGCCUUGGGGAAGUUAUGCGGGCGCUAGUGGGAACGGAUUGGCGGCCGGUGGUGCGAACGGCGAUGAUUCGAAGGGUCAGAACGGCCAGAACGGUGUCAGCAAGGUGGGGGCUAUUGGGGCUGUUGGUGGGAAAUGAUCGACCGCCUUGUCUCGAUGGGCAAUCCGCUGCUCGAUACGGAUACUCGACGUUUCGACACUGCAGCAAUCUCAGCCAUCUCACGAUUCAACAUCGAACUUUCACUAUCUUUAUAUGCAUAGACGCGCGGUCCUUUGGAUAUGACACAUAAUCUGGCAGCUUUUCUUUUUCUUUUCUUUUGUUUUCUUUCAUGGAACUGAGCAAAACAAAAGCACAUGGGAGGGGAAGAGAAAACUGGAUGGGAAGCAACAAGCAUACUUUGGCCAUAGGAAAACAACUCAGCGGAGGGGGGAUGGCGUGCAAAACAAAAACAUUUGAAGGAUCUAAUCACGAAAGGGGGAAGAUCAAAAGCACUUGAAUUCUGGUUGGUCUUCAACUGUUAUUAUCAUUGUUUUCCACUUCCUUGCUCUCGGAGUCAAGGUAGUUGCAUGACAUGUAUGUCAGCGAGGGGUGGUAGUGUAGGAUUAAUGGUGUAUAGAGUAGCUGGUGGAUUCCACCUUUCUUGCUUUAAGUAGUACCUUGGCUGUAUACACAGAGCAGCGACAGUAUUGUUAUUUUUGAAUGAUAUCGUUUAUAGAUCAUCAACUCUGUUGUUAUCUCU